AUGGAGAAAAGAUUGAGGAUAAGAGGUAGUGUUGAGGAGGUACAUAGUGAAAUAGUUGGUCCUAAUGUGCUUGAGGAUAGUGUAAGAGCAAAAGUUAGGAGGAAAAAUCUAGCUGUUUUUGUUUCUGGUGGAGGUUCUAAUUUCAAGUCACUUCAUGAGGCAACUGUCAAUGGCUUUAUUCAUGGAGACAUUUCUGUCUUGGUCACCAAUAAACCUGACUGUGGAGGUGCACACUUCGUUAGAGAUAAAGGCAUCCCUGUCAUUUUUCCUAAGGUGAAAGAUGACUCUGGUUUGUCUUCCAAAGACCUUGUAAAUGCUAUUAGAAGCUACAAGGUCGAUUUCAUUCUCUUAGCUGGCUACUUGAAGCUUAUACCUACUGAGUUGAUUCGAGCAUUUCCAAGGUCCAUACUGAACAUCCAUCCUUCACUUCUUCCAGCUUUUGGAGGCAAAGGUUAUUACAGUAUGAAGGUGCAUAAGGCAGUCAUUGCAUCUGGAGCAAGAUACUCGGGUCCCACAAUACAUUAUGUGGAUGAGGAGUAUGACAGGGGUCGCAUACUUGCCCAAAGGAUUGUACCCGUGCUACCUAAUGACACAGCAGAAGAGCUAGCUGCGAGAGUCCUCCAUGAGGAACAUAAAUUGUAUAAAGAGGUUGUGGCAGCAUUAUGUGAAGAAAGGAUAAUCUGGCGGGAAGAUGGUGUACCUUUGAUCCAAUGCAAAGAAAAUCUUAGCCUUUAUAAGUAGUGCUUUCAACCAUCAUUCAAUCCCUUAAGAGAAAAUCUUCAUGCAAAAGCUCGUGGCUGCCUGUUCUUUUUGCUACAGUGUAUGUAUAAGUUGUAAUAUUGUGUUGCACUUACUGCUAAUGUGGGGUAGUAGAUAAUAUGCUAGCUUUACAGCAUAUCUAGGUAAAAGAGAGUUGAUUACCUGUACGGGCUAAGUUUUCCCCCACAUCUUGCUAAUUUCCUAUCAAGAUGAUGAAUUUUACAAUCUGGAAGAGUGUAUUGAAACUGCGGCAUUUUCAAACUGACAGUUUACUGUUAUUUC